AUGCGCAUCCGCUCCAGUCCUGCAACCACCUUCUCUGUGUCGAGAGCAGCAGGCCUUUCCGUGCAGCUCAAGUUCGUUCCUUCAGCGACUGCAUUUGGAGCAGCUGCUUACUCUGUGCCGGUCCCUGUGCAGGUGAAAGAGCCCAGGAGGACCCUCUUUCAGAACACAGACCGUGCACCACAUAGCCUCACCUGGCCGCACUUCUUCCUGCCCAACCGGCUCCCAGCAGUAGCCCUAGGAGGCUGCUCGGAAGUGGGGGCCGAGCCGUGGCGCCUCCCCAGGAGAAGUGUGGAUGGUGGCAGUAAGACUGUGUUGGGCAAAGGGCUGGCAGCCGUGGAGCAGGCCGUGCAGUUGCCCACGUCUCUGAGGCAGGAUGGACUUCACAGCCCCGUGGUGUUCCGGGUGGAGCCGCUGAUCUCUGAGAACACGAAGGUUGCAGAGGCCGGGAAAGCGCGGCGCAUCGGCGCGGAGCUCACGCUGGGAGCCGCAGCUCGCGGCCCCUCUCCCGACCUCAGUUUCUUCACCUGUACAGUGGAGCGGCGAGUGCCGCCCAGCGCGCUGCAGCGCGCAACAGCGGAGGGAAGUCAGGCCGCCUUGUGCAAGCGCAGGGAGAGCCCGGAAGGUGACAGCUUCGCAGUGAGCGCCGCCUGGGCUCGAAAAGGCAUCGAGGAGUGGAUCGGGAGGCAACGCUGCCCGGGCGGCGGCUCCGGACCCCGGCAGCUGCGGGUGGCUGGCACCGUUGGUAGAGGCACCCGGGAGUUCUUGGGUGAAGUUUUCAGAGAAACACUCAGCGAGGAGGAAGAGGAAGACUUUCGGCUAGAAGUGGCCCUGCCUCCAGAGAAGACCGAGGGGCUGGCCAGCGGAGAUGAGAAGAGGAUCGAGAAGGCCAGUGAGUCUUGCCCGGGCUCGAAAAAGCAGCUGAAAUUUGAAGAGCUGCAGUGCGACGUGUCCGUGGAGGAGGACAGCCGGCAGGAGUGGACCUUCACCCUGUAUGACUUUGACAACAACGGCAAGGUCACCCGAGAGGACAUCACCAGCCUGCUGCACACCAUCUACGAGGUGGUUGAUUCCUCUGUCAACCACUCCCCCACGUCAAGCAAAACUCUGCGGGUGAAGCUCACCGUGGCCCCCGACGGCAGCCAGAGCAAGAAUAGCAUCCUUCUUAAUCACCCAGACCUGCAGAACACAAGGCCCAGAGCAGAAACCAAGCCCGCAGAGGAGCUGCGAAGCUGGGAGAAGAAGCAGCGAGCCCCCCUCAGGUUCCAGGGUGACAGCCGUCUGGAGCAGUCCGGCUGCUACCACCACUGCGUGGAUGAGAACAUCGAGAGGAGAAACCACUACUUAGACCUCGCCGGGAUAGAGAACUACACGUCCCAGUUUGGGCCUGGCUCCGCGUCAGCCGCCCAGAAGUCAGAACUGCACCCCCGCACCUCCAAUCCCACUCGGUCUCGCUCCCAUGAGCCGGAAGCUGUGCACGCCCCUCACCGAAAGCCCCACGGCGUGGACCCAGGCUCCUUCCACUUCCUUGACGCCCCAUUCGCCAAGGUCUCCGAGGUCCAGCAGCGGCUCCGGGGCACCCAGGACGGGAGCAAGCACUUUGUGAGGUCCCCCAAGGCCCAGGGCAAGGGCGCGGGUGUGGGCCACGUGGCCAGAGGGGCGAGAAGCAAACCCCCGCUGGGACCUGCCAUCCCGGCGGUGUCCCCCUCCGCCCACCUGGCCGCCAGCCCGGUCCUCCUCCCCACCCUGGCACCCCUCGGGCACAAGAAGCACAAGCACCGGGCCAAGGAGAGCCAGCCGGGGUGCCGGGGCCUGCAGGCGCCGCUGGCCGUGGGUGCUGUCUCGGGGCGGGACCAGGUGAGGGAGCUGCCCGCCGUGGUGGCGUACGAGAGCGCGGCCGGCCAGGCGGUGCAGAGACACGAGCACCAUCACCACCACGAGCAUCACCACCACUACCACCACUUCUACCAGACAUAGAGCCCCGAGCCCGCCGCCACAGGAAGGACCCCCACCCCGCCCCCAGGCAUUCUUCUAUUAAUUAUUGUUAUUAUGGCGAUUAUUGUUAUUAAUAAUUAUUGUUACUCCACUAAUAUUCAGCUAGCCUCCAUGUAGGAGAUAUAUGGAAACACAGAACUAAACUUUUAUUUAUAUGUUGUGGGGACUGCAUAACUCACCCAAGAAGUGACUCUGGGUUCGGAAGUGGCCUCUACAUGGCAGGGGCUCCCGGGGGUCGGAGCUGCCGCCUCCAGGCGGGGUGCCCACACUCUUCCCAGCCUGAGGGCGCCCUGGGCCGGAGCUCUGGCUGACCCGGUCUCUUCCAGGAGAACACCCUCCCUGGCCUGGCUUCCAGAAACCCUCGAAAUCUCCGAGAAGAUAAACAGCUGCUACCUCUUA